AUCUGUGUCUUUUUACUAAGCUAUUUGUCCCAUUUAUUUGUCAUUGUGAUUUCAAACUCCUUUUCUAUAGAAGUGCAUGUUGAGAAGAUGGUGAUGGAGGAGACUGAAGAUGGCUUUGUGUGUUUCAUAACACUCCUUAGAUGAUGUCGCCUCCAUGCCUGUAGCCAGGAUGAGGUGUGUGUGCGUGCGUGUUGUUUUUGUGUGAUGUUGGUGGUUCAGGCUGUACCCAAAUUCAGAGAAUAGGAACAUCAUAUUUUGCAUUGAUAGGAGGUUUUAUAGUCACCAUAAGUCUUCCCUGUCUGCCUGCUAUUAUAAUUGUGUCAUGUAAACAUGAAAUAGUUGCAUAUUAUCUGAGUCUGCAGAGAAUGAAUUUCUUCCUCUAGAAAUAAUGGAAUUCAUGUACAUCAGUGUUGAUGGAAUAUUUGGGAUUAUACAGUGACAUUUGGGUGUAAUCUUUAUUCUGCCACCAUCCUCUAAAGAUACAAUACUACACAACUAUCUGAGACACACAACAAUGCGCCUCAUUGCUCGUUGAGUCAUCUGCUUGUCAUCUGGGACGUUUGCAACUCAGCUUCUUUCCAUCCAUCAGAAGUAGUAGGAACAAGCUCGUACUCACUUCCUGUGCUGCAGGUUAACUCUUUGUUUCCACUGGCUCAGUUGACGAUGCUUUUCCUCCUGAGCCGCGGUGUCACUCGGGGGAGACGCACACCGAGCCGAGAGACGACGGACAGAGAUGAUUCCCGUUGUUCGUAAGACUGGGGAGCAAAGGCCCACCUGGUCCAAAACAAGGCAGCGAUGGCAAAGAGAGAUUACCUGGUGGAGGCGGCCAAGCAGAUCCGCAUGGCAUUGGACAGCGAGGUCAAUGAGGACUACGAGGCGUCCUUCAGUUACUACAAGAACGGGGUGGACCUGCUGCUGAAUGGGGUUCAGCUGGAUCCAAACAAGGAACGUCGGGAGGCUGUGAAAAGGAAGACAACCCAGUAUCUGAAGAGGGCUGAAGAAAUCUUCAUUACACAUCUGCAGGACAACUUGGGGAAGGGAAGCUCUCAUUUAGGGGGUUACAGCAGCCUGAGAUUCCGUCCAAUCAGACACUUGAGCUCACCUGUGGAGGAUCUGGAGAUGUGUAAGGUGGUCGGAGUGACUGAUAAGGUCCUGAUUGUUCAGAGUAUGGUCAACAAGGAGACAUUUGUUGUUAAGAGUCUGGUAAAGUCGAGUUGGGAGAGCAGAGAUCUGCCAACCAUCAUUCCUCAGGGGGUUCCAUAUAUGGUUAAGCUGCUAAGAUAUUAUGUCAGCGAGGAUGCCGUGUACCUGCAUCUUGAGCACCUCAAAGGUGGGAGGCUCUUCUCCAAGCUGCACAAGUUGAGGAACGAGAAGGCCAAGGAACACCCGGAAUGUAUCACCUCUGGCCAACCUAGCAUCAAGCUGAAGACCAGCUACACCUCACCGACGAUCAGCACGGACUACCGGCGCAACAGCGGCGCGAGCCCAGGAGGGCUCCCGGAGAAAGCAAGCGACGAGAGCCCCGGCGACGACUUCCCCACCUCGUGGGAUGAGACUCAGCAGCGGCUGGAGAGCUGCGGGACUCACACCUACAUCGAGGAGACGGGCUGUCUGCAGAACACGCGUUCCGCGGCGUCCUUUCGUAACAAGCUUGAUCGGCUGACUCUGACCUCUGGCCCGGCGAGGACACAGGUCGACACCCGCAUCCACCCGCCGGCCCCGAGUUUGUGCUUGCUCUCCGGCGAACCUCAGGAACAGCCCGCUCUUCCUCUGUCUUGCUCUCGCGUCAGUCAAGCCCUCGAUGUCAUGUCAGAACUCCAUAAAAACAAAGCUGCGUUGGGACUGACGGAGUGCAGCUCUGAGUUUGAAGUGGCCUGGAAGGUUGCGGACCCGGUGCAUAACGGCGUACAAACCAACCCCUAUGCAGUGAGCAACAGCACGCCAGGACAAACUCCACCUCGCACAAAUCAGACCUUAUUUGUAAAAGCAGGAUCACCAAAAAGUGGAAGCGAUGUUUUGAGUUCGUCCCCUGCCAUUUUGCAUCUUCCUCUCUAUUGCCAAACCCAGAUACGCGGCAGGGCAUCGUGGGAUACCAACGGCUCACACCUAGGACCCGUUUCGACCGGGUACUCGGCGGACGUGGUGACGGACUCAAAAAGAGACGGCAACAGUCCCACCACGGAGGAGAGGAAUGGCAUGGUGGUCAUCAGGAGCACAGACAGAGCAGUCUUCUCCGACCACACAGACGCGUCAGAAAGCUCCGGCCCUUUGCCUUUUGCUUCCCUCUGCCACGGCGUUGCAGGGAAACAGGGGGCCCUCUCGGGGGCGAAGUUCAAAGUGGAAACACAUUCCGGCGGGACGAGGGAGGGUGUAGAGGAGGCCUGCGAAUUGCUGUGUCCUGGAGAUGAGGUGGCGUCGGGAAAAGAGCGAUCGUUUGCGGGCUGGUCCAGCCCCAACGGAGCCUCGUACCACAUGGGGAGUGAGGACGUGGACGAUUUCCUUAAAUCAGAAGGAUCAGAGGGGCAGGGAGAUGACCAGGACAUAGAGGUGGAUGGCUGGUGCCACCUGCCUCGGUUCCCCGUGAAGUCCUCCAGGCCUACGGGUAAGGGCACGGCGACCUGCUGGGGGCUUCCAGAGGCGGAAGUGCGCGUCUGGGCGGCUCAGAUUCUCCUGGCCUUGGAGAGUCUACAUCAGCAGGGCGUCCUUUGUCGGGACCUCAACCCUAAAAACGUUCUGCUCACUAGCAACGGAAAGGUGUGCUUGACGUUCUUCGGACAGUGGAGUGAGGUUCAGUCAGAGAUCAGCUCCAAAGCCAUGGAACAGAUGUACUGUGCUCCGGAAAUCGGGGGCGUGUCCAGGGUGACGGAGGCCUGUGAUUGGUGGAGCCUCGGCGCUUUGUUGUUUGAACUCUUAACAGGAAUGCCACUGUGGCAGCUCCACCCAGCAGGGAUCCAUUCGCACACCCAGCUGAUCAUCCCCAACCACCUGAGCGCGGCAGCUGCGUCUCUUCUGACGGAGUUGCUUCAGUUCGAUGCUGGCUACCGCUUGGGGUCCGGAGGCGGAGGCGUGAGUGACAUCAAGUGUCACCCGUUCUUCAGCGGUGUCUCCUGGAAGGCUUUGAGCUGCUAGCGGGACCUCUCAUGUGGCCUCAAGGGACAGAACAUUGUGUCCCCCCCCCCCCCCCGUUUUCCCCAAGAAUCACAAUAAAAACGGACCAUCACUUGGGAGACUCUUGUGAUUUUUUUUAAUAAAGGUAUUAUCACCAUGCAUGGAAGCUGACAACAUAUUAGAAUGUUUGGACCGUCAGCCAUUAAAUAUUGUCAAUAAUAAGAAAUAAAUUGUUUAAUUCAUG